CUGCUCAGUGUGUGUUCAGCCUUUCCUCGAGAGACUCGCUGACCCCCUCGUCACAGAGGUUUCAUUCGUCGCAAUCCGACCGACCGCGAUCGGCCCCGGCUUCGUACGGACGGAUUAAGCAGGCGAAGCACACUGCCUUCUUUCAUUUGUCUCCUCCACCUGAAGCAGCCCAGCGCCGAUUAGCCACGCCAGACAGCAGCACGUGCGCCGCGCUCCUGGGAAUAGCUGCGAGGCUUUCGAACGGGGCGCUCGAAGGCGGCUACGCCUCGGAUUCUUUACCGCUCUUUACGCUGCUGACAGACCGUUCGCGCCGAUAUGGGUGUCAGCCUAUGAUCGCCCGAGCACGGAGUCUUGGAGCGGGAGCGUCAGGACCGAGGGGAGCAGCGCCGACCCUGAACAUGGCGACCCGCCGCGGGCCCGCGCCCCCCCUCCUCGCCGUCGGGACCGCCGUGCUGCUGCUCGGCUGCCUGGUGCUGCCCUCGCACGCGGACAGCUUGCCGAGCUUCAUCAAAUCCCCGGAUGACCAAAUCGGGAUUUCUGGGGGCGUGGCGUCUUUUGUGUGCCAGGCGGUCGGCGAGCCCAAGCCUCGGAUCACGUGGAUGAAGAAGGGGAAGAAAGUCAGCUCUCAGCGAUUCGAGGUGAUCGAGUUUGACGACGGGUCGGGGUCCGUGCUCCGGAUACAGCCCCUCCGAACGCACCGGGACGAGGCCAUCUACGAGUGCACCGCCACCAACAGCGCGGGGGAGAUCAACACCAGCGCCAAACUCACCGUCCUGGAAGAGACCCAGAUACCUCACGGGUUCCCCACCAUAGACAUGGGCCCCCAGCUGAAGGUGGUGGAGAAGACGCGCACGGCCACCAUGCUGUGCGCGGCCAGCGGGAACCCCGACCCCGAGAUCUCCUGGUUCAAGGACUUCCUGCCCGUGGACAUCGGCGGCAGCAACGGCCGCAUCAAGCAGCUUCGCUCAGGUGGUACACCAAUCAGAGGAGCACUGCAGAUCGAGAGCAGCGAGGAGUCGGACCAGGGCAAGUACGAGUGCGUGGCCAUGAACAGCGCCGGGACCCGCUACUCCGCCCCCGCCAACCUCUACGUGCGAGUCCGCCGGGUGCCGCCCCGCUUCUCCAUCCCGCCCACCAACCACGAGGUGAUGCCGGGGGGCAGCGUCAACCUCACCUGCGUGGCGGUGGGGGCGCCCAUGCCCUACGUCAAGUGGAUGACGGGCUUGCAGGAGCUGACCAAGGAGGACGAGAUGCCCGUGGGCCGCAACGUGCUGGAGCUGACCAGCAUCCGCGAGUCCGCCAACUACACCUGCGUGGCCAUCUCCUCGCUGGGCAUGAUCGAGGCCACCGCCCAGAUCUCCGUCAAAGCCUUGCCGAAGCCUCCCGCGUCUCUGAUCGUCACGGAGACCAGCGCCACCAGCGUGACGCUGACCUGGGACUCGGGGAACCCGGAGCCCGUGUCGUACUACGUGAUCCAGUACCGGGCCAAGGCCUCGGAGAACGGCUUCCAGGAGGUGGACGGCGUGGCCACCACGCGCUACAGCAUCGGCGGCCUCAGCCCCUACUCGGAGUACGAGUUCCGCGUGAUGGCGGUCAACAACAUCGGGCGGGGCCCGCCCAGCGAGGCGGUGGACGCCCGCACGGCCGAGCAGGCGCCGUCCUCGCCGCCGCUGCACGUGCAGGCGCGCAUGCUGAGCUCCAGCACCAUGCUGGUGCAGUGGGAGCCGCCCGAGGAGCCCAACGGCCAGAUCCGCGGCUACCGCGUCUACUACACCACCAGCCACCAGGCGGCGCUCAGCACCUGGCAGAAGCACAACACGGACGACAGCCGCCUCACCACCAUCUCCGGCCUGGUCACCGACGUCACCUACAGCAUCCGCGUGCUGGGCUUCACCUCCGUGGGGGACGGGCCCCCGUCCGACGUCCUGCAGGUCAAGACCCAGCAGGGAGUGCCGGCCCAGCCCUCCAGUUUCGAGGCGGAGGCGGAGCUGGACACACGGAUAAUGCUGACCUGGCUGUGGCCCGUCCAGGAGCCCAUCACCAAGUACGAGCUCAUGUACUGGGAGGCCGGCUCCGGGAACAAGUUCCACGUGACCUUCGACCCCGCCGGCUCCUACGCCAUGGAAGGCCUGAAGCCGGACACCCUCUACAUGUUCUCCCUGGCGGCCCGCUCCGAAGUAGGCCUAGGGGUCUACACUCAACCCAUAGAGGCCAGGACCGCACAGUCCACCCCCUCCGCCCCCCCUCAGGAGGUGCGCCUGGUCAGUCUCAGCUCCACCAGCGUCAAGGUGAGUUGGGUGCCGCCCCCCGCGGCCAGCCGGCACGGGGCCAUCGUGCGCUACACCGUGGCCUACCAGGCGGCCGGUGGGGAGGACGCGGAGCGCCGCGAGGUGACGGGCGUGGGGCCCGACGCCACCAGCCACGUGCUGGAGGGCCUGGAGAAGUGGACCGAGUACCGGGUGUGGGUGAGGGCCCACACGGACGUGGGGCCCGGCCCCGAGAGCCCCGCCGCGCUCGUCCGAACCAGCGAGGACGUGCCGGGCGCGCCCCCGAGGAAGGUGGAGGCGGAGCCCGUGAACUCCACCGCCGUGCGGGUGACGUGGAAGGCGCCCCUCUCGGCGAAGCAGCACGGCCAGAUCCGGGGCUACCAGGUCAUCUACUCGCGGCUGGAGGACGGGGAGCCCCGCGGCCAGCCCAGCAUCAUGGACGUGGCGCUGCCCGAGGCCCAGUGGAAAGCUGAAGAGUCAACGGACUAUGAGGCGAUAAUAGCUGGACUUCUCGCUGAGACCACGUACUCGGUCACAGUGGCGGCCUACACCACCAAGGGAGACGGGGCUCGCAGCAAAGCCAAGGUCGUCAUGACAACGGGAGCAGUCCCUGGAAAGCCCACUAUGAUGAUAAGCACCACGGUCGGAAACACGGCCUUGAUCCAGUGGCAACCACCCAAGGAGAUGGUGGGCGAGCUGAUUGGCUACCAGUUGCAGUACAAGCGGGUGGAGGAGGAAGCCUACAUCGUCAAGGACUUCAAGAAGACGGAUUAUCACUUCACUGCCACCGGCUUGCACAAGGGCGCCACCUACGUCUUCAGGCUUUGCGCCAAGAACCGGGCGGGCAACGGGGAGGAGUACGUGAAGGAAAUCACCACAAUCGACGACGCCCCCAGCGGCUAUCCCCAAAACCUGCAGGUGGUGGGCCUCACCACCUCCACCACCACGGUGGCCUGGGAGCCCCCCCUGCUCUCCGAGCGAAACGGCAAGAUCGUUCGCUACGCGGUGGUGUUCCGCGACAUCAACAGCCAGCAGAACGGCACCAACAGCACCACCGACACCCAGAUCACCAUACACGGCCUGCAGCCGGACACCACCUACGAUAUCCGCGUGCGCGCCUUUACCAGCAAGGGGGCCGGCCCCAUCAGCCCCAGCAUACAGAGCAGGACCAUGUCUACCUCCAUGCCUGAGUUUACCAAAAACUUUGGCGUGAAAGCCGUGAUGAAAACCUCGGUCCUCCUCACUUGGGAAGUACCGGAGACGUUUAAAUCUCAAGUGCCUUUCAAGAUCCUGUACAACCAGCAGAGCGUGGAGGUCCAGGGGAACAUGAAGCGCAAGCUGAUCACCAAGCUGGAGCCGGACACCGAGUACUCCUUCAUGCUGAUGAGCCGCGGCAACGUCGCCGGGGCCCUGCAGCAGCAGGUCUCCAUCCGCACCGCCCCCGACCUGCUCAGCGCCCAGCCCCGCCUCCACAGCCAGGGCCAGGAGGAGGGCGGCCGGCUCACCAUCAGCCUGCCCCAGGCGCAGAACAAAGCCGCCGUCAGGUGGUACUACAUUGUGGUGGUGCCAGUCACGCAGGCCCGUCGGUGGGAGAGCCCCGAUGAGAUGGACCUGGACGACCUCCUGGAAGCCAGCGAGAACCCCGGCCUCAGGAGGAGGAGGCGUCGCCGGCGGCAGGCCGAGUCCCCGCUGAAGCCCUACAUCGCCGCCAAGCUGGAGACGUUGCCGGGCACCUUCACCCUGGGCGACGAGAAGAAGUACAACGGCUUCUACAACAAGCCGCUGACCAGCCAGCAGGAGUACCGCUGCUUCGUCAUGGCGGCCCUCAAGGACCAAGAUUCCAAGAUGUUCGCGGCCAGCCCCUUCUCCGACCCCAUCAAGGUGGAACUGCCCAGCGGCAUGGCCAGGCACUCGGAGGACCCCGAGAUGCUGUGGGUGAUGGGGCCCGUGCUGGCGGUCGUCCUCAUCAUCAUCAUCGUCAUCGCCAUCCUGCUCUUCAAGAGGAAACGGGCCUCGCCCUCGGCCAAGGACGAGCACUCCGGCGGCGUGAAGGACUCCCUGCUGGCCCACUCCUCCGACCCCGUGGAGAUGAGGAGGCUCAACUACCAGACCCCAGGUCCCAGUGCUACCAGUUGCCCGAACACUCCAAGCAUGAGGGAGCACCCGCCCGUCUCCGUCAGCGACCUGGCCCACCACAUCGAGGGCCUCAAGGCCAACGACAGCCUCCGAUUCUCGCAGGAGUACGAGUCCAUUGACCCCGGCCAACAGUUCACCUGGGAGAACUCCAACCUGGAGGUCAACAAGCCAAAGAACCGCUACGCCAACGUCAUCGCCUACGACCACUCCAGAGUCAUCCUUGCGUCAGUAGACGGCGUGCCGGGAAGCGACUACAUCAACGCCAACUACAUCGACGGCUACCACAAGCAGAACGCCUACAUCGCCACGCAGGGCCCCCUGCCGGAGACGCUGAGCGACUUCUGGCGCAUGGUCUGGGAGCAGCGCACCAACACCGUCGUCAUGAUGACCCGGCUGGAGGAGAAGUCGCGGGUAAAGUGCGACCAGUACUGGCCCAGCCGGGGAACGGAGACCUACGGCAUGAUCCAGGUGACCAUGCUGGACACGGUCGAACUGGCGACCUACAGCGUGCGCACCUUCGCCCUCUACAAGAACGGCUCCAGCGAGAAGAGGGAGGUGAGGCAGUUCCAGUUCAUGGCCUGGCCCGACCACGGAGUGCCUGAGUACCCCACGCCCAUCCUGGCCUUCCUGCGCAGGGUCAAGGCCUGCAACCCGCCCGACGCCGGGCCCAUGGUGGUGCACUGCAGUGCGGGCGUGGGCCGGACGGGCUGCUUCAUCGUCAUCGAGGCCAUGCUGGAGCGCAUGAAGCACGAGCAGUCCGUGGACAUCUACGGUCACGUGACCUGCAUGCGCUCCCAGCGCAACUACAUGGUGCAGACGGAGGACCAGUACAUCUUCAUCCACGAGGCGCUGCUGGAGGCCGCCACCUGCGGCAACACCGAGGUCCCCGCCCGCAACCUCUACGCCCACAUCCAGAAGCUCACCCAGGUCCCGCCCGGGGAGACCGUCACCUCCAUGGAGCUGGAGUUCAAGAGACUGGCGAAUUCCAAAGCGCAUACCUCAAGAUUCAUCAGUGCCAACCUGCCCUGCAACAAGUUCAAGAACCGGCUGGUGAACAUCAUGCCCUUCGAGUCCACCCGCGUGUGCCUGCAGCCCAUCCGGGGCGUGGAGGGCUCCGACUACAUCAACGCCAGCUUCAUCGACGGAUACAGGCAGCAGAAGGCCUACGUCGCCACGCAGGGGCCGCUGGCGGAGACCACCGAGGACUUCUGGCGUGGGCUGUGGGAGCACAACUCCACCAUCGUGGUGAUGCUGACCAAGCUGCGGGAGAUGGGCAGGGAGAAGUGCCAUCAGUAUUGGCCCGCCGAGCGCUCGGCCCGGUACCAGUACUUUGUGGUGGACCCCAUGGCUGAGUACAACAUGCCCCAGUACAUCCUGAGGGAGUUCAAGGUCACUGACGCCCGGGACGGCCAAUCCAGGACCAUUCGCCAGUUCCAGUUCACUGACUGGCCCGAGCAAGGAGUGCCAAAAACGGGCGAGGGAUUCAUCGAUUUCAUUGGGCAAGUGCACAAAACCAAGGAGCAGUUCGGACAGGAUGGACCAAUCACAGUGCACUGCAGCGCUGGUGUGGGCAGGACUGGCGUCUUCAUCACCCUCAGCAUCGUCCUCGAGCGCAUGCGGUACGAGGGCGUGGUGGAUCUCUUCCAGACGGUCAAGACGCUGCGCACCCAGCGGCCGGCCAUGGUGCAGACGGAGGACCAGUAUCAGCUGUGCUACAGAGCGGCCCUGGAGUACCUCGGGAGCUUCGAUCACUAUGCAACGUAACCACUCCCGGGGCAGCUGGGAACCCUUCUCUCUCUCUCUCUCUCUCCCGCUCAGCCAAAAACCCACCCACCCACCCACCCACCCACCCGAUUCUGUGCUGGGAGCCGGCGGAGGAGGCGGGGCGCGGGGCGCGAGCAGAGAUUCGGCUGGCCCAACCUCCCACCAAAAGCGGUCCGCCGGGACCGGCACAAUGAAAUCGCUUCUAAACCCUCCCCAGAAAAGAACAGCCUCGAACAGCAAUUCUGGUUGCCGCUCUGCAACCUUCAACAUCCCUCCCUCGUCAUAGCAACGCAACCGGUAGCACAUAAUAUUUGGGCUUUUUUAUUAUAAUCAUUAUCAUCAACGUUAUUAUUAUUAUUACCAUUGUUAUUAUUAUUAUAGCCAUUGUUGAAAUGAUAUCAUUUCGAUUUUUUUUACAAUGAUUUACACUGGUUAUAUUCUUUUCUAAGUCUUAAAGGCCUAGUGGGCCUGUGUUUCCAUUACCAGUACUAUUUUUUAAUUUUAUUUUUUCUUUUUAAAACUUUUUGUAGGUUAUUUUAGCACAAAGGACAUGUAUUUUUAGCAUGUCCGUAUAUACUAAUACUGGAGAGCCACUAUUCUCUGAGCUGCUGUUGAUUUUAUUUUUUACCAUGAUUAUAUUAUUCAAAUCUUCUUCUUUUCUUGUGUAUAAUUGGUCUUUUCCAGUGGAACGGGGGACACACUUUUAUAAGCCUUUUCACUUCCUGGUACUUUAUAGAAAGAUUAAUUAUAUAAAAAAAAGAUUUAAAAAGCAUAUCCCAGAGUUAGUGGAUCAUAUUAACCCAUUAAGUAAAAAAAACUGAAUUAACCAAUGAAAAAAAAAAUCAGCCAUGUACAGAUUCUAGCUUUGCUCUCGAUAGCUGUUAACUGUGAUUUCAGAAGGGACACCCGUUGCUUAAAGACCUUUUCACGUGGCGCAAGACAGGGAUUUGGGGACGGGGGCGUGUCCUGCGACUGCUGGCGACGCCCCCCUCAUUUACGCCACCUGUCCUGCUCAAGACUGAGUUGGGAAAAAUGACGGAGACCACAAAGUAGAAGGAGAAGCUUGUUCCUUCCCCCAAAAGUGGAAAACCAAGAGGCCAUACUCCACUCCAGUCAUAUGUACGAUGACAUACUGCAGCAAGCAAGAGAACCCUCUUCCUUGGACUGGCUUGCUAUUAUCUUUAUUUUAAAUGUAAUAUGCAUAUAUAUACAUAUGUAUGUAUAUACAUAUGUACAUAUAUAUACAUAUAUAUGUAUAUGUAUAUAUAUAUAUAUACACACACACACAUACAUAUGCAUAUGUUCUUGCUAUCCUGAAACAGCAUUAACUAUCAUUAAUUAUUCCACCUGCAAAUAUUCCUGGAUUUUUUUUUUUUUUUUUUUUUUUUUUUUUUGACAAACCAACGAUGGGAUCACGACGAGGACUUUGUCCUUGAACCAGUAACGGUACGAUGCUAUUACUCCUGUGUCACCACACGGCUCUCACUGAAGCACAGACGGACGGUCUCCUCUGAGCGCUCGGCGAAGCGGCACAAGAUGGACGGUGGAGGAUUUCUACACUUCAAUCGGCGCUUUCCUUCUCUGGAAUGGGUAGAGUCGCGGAAGCAAGGCGAGCUUGGACCCGAGGAGCCGGAGGUGUCGGCGACGCGUUCGUUUUUACCUUGUGUACGCAUAGUGCUGUAGGGGUUCAAUCUGUUGUAUACACAGUCUGUUUUCUAUUUGUUAAUAAAAAAAAAGGAGAAGAAAAAAAAAACGUUGCAAAGACCUUCAUGUUAAUAAAGUUGAAUAAUUGGGUUUUGUACAA